AUGGAGAUCAGAGAUAGAAUUCUGAUCCUGAACUCCCAGUCAGAAGAACAAACAAGGCAUUUCCACCAUCCAGUUCUGAUCCUGAACUCCCAGUCAGAAGAACAGACAGUUAUGAGGCACUGCCACCAUACAAUUCUGAUCCUGAACUCCCAGUCAGAAGAACAAACAAGGCAUUUCCACCAUCCAAUACUGAUCCUGAACACCCAGUCAGAAGAACACACAGUUAUGAGGCACUGCCAUCAACAAGUACUGAUCCUGAACACCCAGUCAGAAAAACAAACAGUUACGAGGCACUGCCACCAACAAUGUCUGACGUCCAGGACCCUGAGCCAGCAAACAGGGAGGAGCAUUCUGAUCCUGAGCUCCCAGUCAAAAGAACAAACAGUAAUGAGGCACAGCCACUACCAGUGUCUGACGUCCAGGACCCUGAGCCAGCAAACAGGGAGGAGCAUUCUGAUCCUGAGCUCCCAGUCAAAAGAACAAACAGUAAUGAGGCACAGCCACUACCAGUGUCUGACGUCCAGGACCCUGAGCCAGCAAACAGGGAGGAGCAUUCUGAUCCUGAGCUCCCAGUCAAAAGAACAAACAGUAAUGAGGCACAGCCACUACCAGUGUCUGACGUCCAGGACCCUGAGCCAGCAAACAGGGAGGAGCAUUCUGAUCCUGAGCUCCCAGUCAAAAGAACAAACAGUAAUGAGGCACAGCCACUACCAGUGUCUGACGUCCAGGACCCUGAGCCAGCAAACAGGGAGGAGCAUUCUGAUCCUGAGCUCCCAGUCAAAAGAACAAACAGUAAUGAGGCACAGCCACUACCAGUGUCUGAUGUCCAGGUGCCUGACCCAGUAACCAGAGACGAGUUUGUCAUAAAAGAAACCCACCUCUGAACCUCUUUGAUGUACCAAGUAUCCGAAGGAGACAAUGCAGACGAGAGAUGCCGAAAAACUGUUGAUCUGUAUUCACCAUAUUGCAGUGAGAAUACAGUCCAAACAAUGUCUAGACUGAACUGUCAGGCAAUAGGAUGAAGAUGGACCAGCUUGAUUUACCCCGAUGAGAUCUGAUCUGAAUGUGUCUAUGCUCUACCUUUUAUGCUCCUCAGCGUUUGAGAAGUGCCUCCUUUAAGAAACGUCACCAAACACUGCUCAGCCAAUCAGAAUUGAGCUGAGCCCAUUAUAAUGGUGGAAACCUUUUGCUGUUAAUACAUUAAAAAAUAUGUCUUAUACUGUG